GCAUGAAGUAAUCACCAAGAAAAGUGCUAUUGAGUGCGAAAUUGCUACCGCUUCACUAAGCGAUGGGACUGCUCUGGGCAGUCAAAGCAUUUUGGAACCAGGAUUUCGUUUGGGUGAAAGCGAUACGCUGUUGCGUUACGUCAAUCAGUACAGAGUAAAUGAAUAUGCUAAAAAUCCGACCCAGAGAACCCGAGAAAAGGACAAAAGGAAAUACAUGUGUGGAAGAUUUUCGCUUAUGGAUGAAAAAGGAUUCGAGUGGUCACAAGCGAAAGGGCGCAGUAUUGCUGGUUCUCCAGAUCAAGUUGGGGCUGUUAUCCAGGACACCUUGGAAAGUUUCGCCCAAAAAAUACCGUCAGUUUUGAUGCAUCGGUUGUGGAGGCGCGAUGGCCUGGACAAUUUUAAGAAGGGUCUAAACGCACCACCGUCGGUUGAAUUACUGAGAGAUUUGCUGUUGCGCUUUGAGUGUGCGAUUCGACGACCGGUUUUUCAUAAUGUUUGGUGGAGCUCAUUGGGACACACACGGCUGAUGCGUAUCACUGUUGAGGAUCGUGAAAGGCGCCAGUAUUACGAGGCGAAAAAGAAGAAGCUGGAAAGAGAUCUGCUAUCAGCCGAUGCGGAUGAUGAGGAAGUGAUUUGGGUGAAAUAUCACAAAGUGGGAGCAGUCAUCAAAAGGACACUGUGGCGACAAAACGAUGAAAAUUACCGAGUAAACGGGCGCGGUGCACUCGGCGGUUGGUUGUGGGUUUCCAAAACAUUCCGUCGCAGGUUCAUUCCGAAGGCACAGAGACCAACUAUAGGCGGAAAACUCGAACCGACGACAUUGGCAAAUCGAAAAGCAAUUCGGUUGGAAGGAGUGCUCAAGCGACUUAAUGAAUGGAGAAAUACGGAAUUUGAUCGCGAAGAGCGGUUGGUGCAUUUUCAUCAAAUCAUGCAACUGGGGCGAACAACGAGCAGUGUUGUACAUGCGCACCCUCAGUCGCCUGAAUGCAAAAAAGAAAAUGGCUCGGAUGAAAAAGUUUUGGGCAUUGAUAAGCCGUUCCCACUGCCGGUGCCGCUUGACUACCGUGUCAGGCGAACCGGUGAGCAGAGUCUACUUGUUUUACCUCAAAAAGCGUUAAAACGUUUGGCUCGCCAAGGUGGCGUCAACUCUGGUUAUUUUGCUCCUGGUUUCCAUCGUAUGGCAAAAAGCAAUACACAGGUGUGGAACUACCCGUGUCCACGACCGCUCUUCGACAAUUGUUGGAGGUUUGCGUCUUUGUUGCAAGCAGUUUCCAUACUUGUCUUCAUAGUAAAGGCUUUCAUCGAAAUUCUUCCGUGA